AUGACUACUUACUUAAUUACUGGAGCUAACAGAGGUAUUGGAUUAUCUCUUGUCAAAGAAGCCUUAAAAGACUCAAACAACACCGUUGUCGCUACUGUUAGAGAUAAAUCAAAAACCUCAGAAUUGUCCACUAUCUCCAAUAAGAACUUACAUAUCAUCGAAUUAGACACUUCCCAAACUUUAGAAGAAAUCAAAGCCAGUUUCUCAGUUCUCGAUUCAAUUGUUCCAAAUGGUGUUGAUACUGUGGUACAAAAUGCCGGGAUUGCUGAAGGUGAAGACUUACAACUUAAAGUUUUUUCCAAACAUGUUGAAAAGAUCUUCCACGUUAACUUCUUAGGUUCAGUUAAAGUGUAUGAAGCUCUCGAACCAUAUUGGUUAUCUAAAGAUAAUGGAGUUCAAAAGAAAUUUUUCUUUAUUUCAUCUAUUUUCGGUUCAAUUACUUAUCCUUUACCACUUAGACCUGUUGGUUAUGGAGGUUCCAAAGCCGCUAUUAACUAUUUUGUUUCCAGUGUCGCUUUAUUUGGUAGUAAAUCAACUAACGAACUUUUCAAGAAUUCUGUAGUUUCUGCUAUUCAUCCAGGUUUGGUCACUACUGAUAUGGGUGGUCCUGUUACUAGAAUGCCAGAAUUUCAAGGUAUUCCAUCCCUUACUCCAGAAGAAUCUGCUGCUCUCCUUGUUAGUACUUUUUCUAAGAGUGAUCAAAGCGUCAAUGGUAAAUUCAUUGGCCCAGAAGGUGAAUUACUUCCUAUUUAA